AUGCCAUCUUCUUCAAACGUUUCACAAGACGUACAAGGCCAAACUAGUACAGCAUCAUCGGAAAAUCCAUGGACUAAAAAAAAGAAAAAACCGACCUCGCCAAACCAGUCAGUAGAAAGUUCCAAAUUUGAAAAAGGAUUACUAAAUCUUCUUGCAAGUCAAACGGCAGAUAUAGCAAGUGAUGAUUUGUCUUUUUUUUCCUCUUUAGGACCAAUUUUAAAAACCUUUGACCUUGAACAAAAGUUUGAGUUUCGCUCAAGAGUCCUGAAUGUCGUCACAAGUGUAAAAAAUAUGCAUUAUAGACCAUCUAGCUCAACAUCCAUGGUAAAUUUAACAUCCCCAGAUGUGAGGUCACCACCACAAUAUGAGCAACAAAAUAUGUAUAAUACACCGUCACCAUACAAUUAUGACAAUGAUCAUCCAAGCGGUUCAUCCGAGAAUAUUGAACAUGUCUAA